AUGGUGUCGGCGUCACUAACCACACACAGGGUCGCACCUCGUCCCAUAGCUCCGAAUAAUACGGGCCGCCUGAGAUAUGCAAACGCCGAAGACCUUCCCGGCUACCCAUCUGCUGGAUUGACCGAGGGGAGCGCUGCUGCUGCGAGUGCUGCCACACUAGGCUGGGCAAACAGAAAACCGACAGAAGUCUGGAAGCCCAACUCCAACAUCACCAGUACAUCCGCCUCAACCGCCGCGCUCUUGGCUGCCGGCAACAAGACAUCACCAGUCGGCCGUGAGAACCAGCCCGUUGGCACCGCCGGAUCUCAAGCCGCUGUGGCUGCUAGUUCAGCACAACGGCAACCGAAAGCACCAUCAUCACCGCCAUCGCAGUGGGUGUCGUCAGCGGCAAACCUGGCUUUUAGUGCUAACAAACCGCCGCCGCCGCCAACCAUCACCGUAUCAAAUGCAGCUGGGACGACCCCGGAACCAGCUACUCUUGGGAGGCAGAACUCUCUGCGCGCCGCCAAGGGGGCCAUGGCAGGUUUGAGACCACGAGCAAAGUCGACUCCUCAACCUGUGGUGCAAGAGACAUAUCCUGACCAAGCGAACUCCGCUUCGAAUGCCCUGAGCGCUGCCACAAUAGCACACCGACCAACGCUAUCCGAAACGGGAGGAGCCGUUCCAUUCACCACCAUGGACAGGAGGAUGUUUACUUCGAACCCACCCGUCAGGCUUGAAGUGGAGGAAAAGCAGAGAGCCGAUGUGCUUCAUGCUUCAGCAGUGGCCAUGGCCAAGAGAAUGUAUAACCAACAGCAACGUCGGACAGAGGAGAGCACAAAAGCACAUGCCCGAUCCUCAUCAUUCCCCCGACACGAUCCAAAUCGCCCGCUAGAUGCCGAUGAAGAAACUCCCGUCAUGCAUAAUAACCUGCAGGAGGCAGCAUAUCGAUUGGCGCAGGAACGCCUUGCUAAACUGCAGGAGGAGCAUCAGAAGAAUCGGGACAUGUCGGACUAUUAUGGAACACCAGGAGGGCCAAGCCGCACCAAGUUCGGAACGAUCAGAGGGAGGCUCACUAGGAAACGCUCCUCUAGUGACGGAGAUCUCCUUGAGGACCAACGACGUUCCCAGCACAUCCGGAAGCAAAUGUCGAUGCUGAAUAGCAAGCUGUCCGAGGUCGAUGAAGAGAAACGAGCCAAGGACCGGCAAGCUUUACUUGCCGCUGCUCAACGCAACGUACGGGCUCAACUUCACGACAUGGACGAGAAGGUGCUGGCAGAAAAGGGCGGAAUCAAGGCGAAGCCCAUGGGUGAUUGGGAACGCAAAGCCUUGAUAGCUGCUCAGACGAGGUUCGACGAGAACAAUACUUCGUAUCACUCUGGAAAGAUUGAUAUCGGUGGUGGAAAGUUUAUGGACCAGUCUGAGGUGGACGCGAUUGCCGCCAGAAAGGUUCAACCUUUGCUGGACGAAAUUAACGAGAGGGCUGAACGUGAACAGGCGAGAUUAGAGGAGGAGCGUCUGGAAGAAGAGAGACGGCGGGAAGAGGCUGAGAGGGAAAGGCUGAGAGAGAAAGAGGUACAAGAUAUUCAUAAGAAACUCAAAGGUAUGUUACUUCUCUCUUCCACCAUCAAACAGGAGCAUAAGCUGGCGACGAUGGAGGGUAAACAGAAGGAGAAGGAGGUGAUUGGCCCCCCACCAGCAGUUGACACCGAAGAGACAGCCGUCGAGCCCGUCGCCGAGCCAUCACCGGAGACAGAGGACAAGCAACCCACCACCGCGCACCGGCACGCCCUCUCCAUCAGCUUCCCCCGCCGGAAAAAGAUCACCAAAGAAACACCCUCCUCACCUGAAAAAUCCCCCAAAUCAGAAGGAGAAUCCCACGGCAGAGUCCGCACCUGGCUUCUAUCCCGGCUCCCCCGUCCUCGCGCCAAAUCCUCCAGCGCAGCAGAAGGCCCCAACGACCCAAGCACAGCCAAAAAAGGGGCCUUCAUAGGCGGAGGAGCCCUUGCUCGCUUGGCACACAACAACUCCAGCUCCCCAUCCGUAGCCGGCUCCCAACCCCAGGCAGCGAUUAACCGCCCUUCCACCUCGGGAGCAGACUACCUUGGAACUAGCUCCUCCCUGCACGAAGUCGCGAUGGCAGGCAGACCACAACCCCACGACGAGCCCGGGGAGGCAAGUGGGCUGAACCCUCCUCCACCUGCGAUUGUCCGUCCGGUUACGCCAGCGAGGACGAUAUCGCAAGUUAGCGUGCCUGUCUCGGAUGUCUCGGAGAGGACGGUGAGCAGUUUGAGUAGUAGUGAUGACGGGCAUACGGUGGAUAAGUUUGUCGAGGCUAGGAGUCAACUGGGGAGUCCGCUGACGCCGCCGAGGACGCUGGGUGGGAGCUUGGGGGUCCCUGUUGCGGGGAGCAAUGGGAGGUCGAGUCCGUUGGGGAGGAGGGAGUCGAGGUUUUCGGAGAAUUUGUCGGAGUAG